AUGCUCACACCUAUCAGUUUACGCAUCACACCUCCCCUUCUCCCACUCUCCCACUUUCCCCCUAUCCCCCUAUCCCCUUCUCCGAUUAUCUCCCUCUCCCCCCCUCUCUCCUUCUCCCUUUCGCCCACUCUCCCCUUCUUCCCUUCUCCUCCUCUCCCCCUCUCCCCCACCCCCCCCCACUCCCUCACUUCCCUUCGUCCCCCUGCUCCACUUGCCUCUCCUCGCAACCUUUCUCGUUCCCACCCCUGCGUCAUUCCCCCCUUCCCCUGCACAGCCACAGGGCAGGAGCAGCAAGGAAGCAGUGAAGCCGGCAGGGAGUCCGGGCAGGAACCCUGCGACACCAGCCGUGUGUGCGAUGGUGCUGGUGAUGGGGGUGGCGUGAGUGGUGCGGAUGACGAGGACAGAGGAGAUGGUGCUAUGGAGCUAGGGAAUGGCAAGGCGGGCUCAGGAGAAUCAGGGCCGGCAGCAGGAGUGGCAGGAGAGGGAGGAGGAGAAGGAGGAGGAGGGGGCAUAGAUGGUGGUGGCAGUACUGGUGGUGGUGGUGGCACUGGUAAUGGUAGUGAGCUGUUGUUGAUCCGUUCAGAGGUUAUUGGGAACCACACUGCGGCCUUGGCAGCACUGCAACCCGCAUUGCAGCAACUGGCCGACUCAGUACAAGAAGCAGGCCCCUCGCACUUCUUCUUCCCCCAUCCAGAAGCGCACGCUGCAGGAGCAGGAGGAGCAGAUUCAUCAGGGCAGGGGGGAACGCCAGCAGCAGCAGCCGCAGGAGCAGCAGCAGCAGCAGCAGCGGAAGGGGGGUCAGGAGGAGGGAGUGUGGGUGAGUCGCAUGUGGGGAGGCUAGAAGCAGUGGAGCAUCAGCAUGCUCUGCUGGAGCAAUCCUUCCAGUCGCUGCUAUCAGCACAGGAGGAAGAACUCUCCGCCUCGCUCCGUUCCACUGCUCUGAUGGACGCUCAGCUAUCACUUGCCCUGCCCCUUCCUCCUCCUUCCUCCCUAAAGUCGCCUGCUGCUGUGAGUGGGGCUCCAACCGGGGUCCCCACCCCUUUCAACCCCUGGGAAGAGGUGCUUCUGGCGAGCGUCCCAAUCCCCUCUCAGCAGACCUUCUCUGCUCGUCCCUUCUCUUUUUUCACAAGCGAGGCGGAUUGGCAGCAGCAGCAGCAGGAAGGGGAUCAGCAGCAGUGGCAAAACAGAGGAGAUGGGCCACACUCGUACGGCAGUGGGGAUAAUAAUGGCAGGAGGGGAGAGGACGGGGACCAGGACAGUUACCUCAAGAAGGAGGAGAAGACGAGGGAGGAGGAGGAGGAGGAGGAGAGGGGAAGGGAGGAGGAGGUGGAGGAGGAGGAGGAGGAGGAGGAGGAGGAGGAGGAGGAGGAGGAGGAGGAGGAGGAAGAGGAGGAGGGUGGAAACUGCAGCAGCAGCGGAGGGAGGGGGGAUGAGUUUUUUUACCACGGCAGCAGCAGUCCCAGCAGCACUAGCUGUGGGUCUAGUGCAUUUCCACCGCCUGUGCUGGCUGGAGAGGUUGGGCGAGGCAGGAUGGGCGUGGGGGGGUCGGCUGCUCUUUCUAUGGCGCCACUCUUCUUUGAUGGUGAUACACCACCAGCAGCAACAGCAGGAGGCGGAGCAGCAGCAGCAGGAGGAGGAGGAGGAGCAGGAGCAGCAGCAGCAGGAGCAGCAGCAGGAACAGGGGGAGAGGUGUCAGACAGUCCAGGUCUGUGUGAGGAGCAGUGGCAGCGGGCAUUGAGUUACACCCAACACGAUGCCACCUCCUUGCUAGGGGACGAUCUUCUCACUGAUGAGGAUGUCCCACAGUCCCUUGGAUACCACUGCUCUGUGACUUCUUCUCCUCCUGACUUACCUAACUCAUGCGAUGUGACUCACGCUCACCCCACUCUGCUCACUCCGUUCAUUGCAACCCUGGUUGAUUAUUUCUAA